GUCCAUCUGAAGCUUUUCACGAUUGACGAAGAGCCUCGGUAGGGAGAGAGGAGGGCAACUCGUGCGGCGAAGCGAAUCGAUGGAGGGGGCUUUGGCGUGCUCCGUCGCGCAGACGAGGCUUCAGGUUCCGAUCCCUGGCUCCGGCGGCCACCGCGGUUGCGCCGGCGGCGGCGGCUGCCGGAGGAGGAGCGGGAGGUGUGCGGUCAGAGCGGUGAAGAGCGGCGGCCACUCCUUGUCGGCGGCGAGGCCGACGCUGUCGAGCAAUUGGGACGUCAACGGCGGCGGCGGCGGCGGCUUGUCCAUCUCUUCCGUCGCUCCGACGGCCCCUUGGUUGCCCAAGUUCGAGGAGCUCGACACCACCAACAUGCUUCUCCGCCAGAGGAUCAUCUUCUUGGGUUCCCAGGUUGAUGAUGUGACGGCGGAUUUCAUAAUAAGCCAGCUCUUGUUUCUAGAUGCCGAGGAUCCCACCAAGGACAUCAAAUUAUUUAUCAAUUCUCCUGGUGGCUCUGUUACCGCCGGAAUGGGAAUAUAUGAUGCAAUGAAGUUGUGCAAAGCUGAUGUUUCAACUAUUUGCCUGGGGCUUGCCGCAUCUAUGGGUGCCUUUCUCCUGGCUUCUGGUUCAAAAGGCAAGAGAUUCUGCAUGCCAAAUGCCCGAGUGAUGAUCCAUCAACCACUUGGAACUGCUGGAGGCAAAGCCACAGACAUGGGCAUUCGGAUAAGAGAGAUGGUGUACCACAAGAUUAAGCUUAACAAAAUACUAUCAAGAGUCACAGGGAAGCCUGAAGAGCAGGUUGAAUUGGAUACAGACCGGGACAAUUUUAUGAAUGCUUGGGAAGCUAAGGAAUAUGGGUUGGUUGAUGGAGUCAUUGAUGAUGGGAAGCCAGGUCUGGUUGCUCCAAUUGGAGAUUCGGUGCCUCCGCCAAAAACACGGGUAUGGGAUCUGUGGAAAAUUGAAGGCAGCAGGAAAGCCAGGAAAAAUUUACCCUCAGAGCACAAGAUUUUAGAGAAUGGAUUUACCGGCGGACGAGGAAAUGAUGAUGAUAGGGGUACAGCACAAGAGAAUGAAUCACCCACACCUGUGUAGGGGUUAAGCUGCUAUGUUAGACACAAGCUGUGAUAUUUUCUUUUGGAAGAAACUCUAAAAUCAGAUUUCUCUCAAAUUGUGAGGUUCGUGAUGAGAAGAAGAAUAGUUGAUUUAGAAAAUAAUUUCCUUUUUUUGAGUUCUCUAACAGGAUAGGUGCCAUCAUCAAUCUAAUCUGUAUGUGCAGCUAAGAAGGAUGCUUUUCAGGUUUGCAUUCGGCCUGCGAAAAAAUUCAUUUACACA